CUCACACAAUUUGUCGAUUUACAUGAUGUACAUCAAUUUCCCAAUUAAAUUAUCGCGGUUCAUUCUGAGCGAAUGAGAAGGAAGAAAAAUACAAAAAUAAACAUAAACAUAAGAUGACUUCACCUUCCCUUCCUCCAUAUCUUUUCACUGUGUUUACUCUGUAUUCUUUUGGUGUUCACAAAUGUCUUUUAAAUCAACUUGAUUUGCUAACUAGUCUGCUUUAAUUGAUGUUGUUAUUUGUAAAUAUAUAUGCCAUCUAUACUCAUAGCAUUUCUAAUUAGCUGAUCAACUAAGGAAUUACAGUGGCAAAAAAACGGAAAGGUGUACUGACAAAUCCUUUGGAUUGAAAUGAUGAUGAAAAAGACUGGUAUUGUUUUUGAUGAUAAAAAUCUUCUUUGUAAAGCCAAUUGUGGCUAUUAUGGUAACCCAGAAUGGGAUGGAUUUUGUUCAAUGUGCUAUAAAAAUCGUUCCUCUCUAAUCAGAUCAACAUCAUCACCAUCUAAAAAUUUUAGUAAAAGUGAUUCACUGGCAUCUCUCAAUGAAAGUUUACCUGGUCUAACAUCCCGCCUCUCGCCAAUUCUGGGCUCAUCUGGAUCGCCAAAUUCAUCUUCAUCUUCCCAUCUAGCAUCAUCCUCAACAGGUCAUCCAACUUCAACUUCUCCGUCAAGUUUCACGAAAUUUGAGGAAAAAAAGAAACAACAAGUUGAAAAACGGAGUAAAACUUUGCGAUCAAUUUUUAAGCUUUCUUCCCGUGGUUCAUCAGGCCUUAGAGAUGGUUCAAACUCUAAAUUAUCUACCGGAUCAAUUAAUUCUUCCUUACCAGCAUCUGCAGCCAGUCGUUUAACAGCGUUAAAGCAGCAAAAUUUUUUUAGUCUUGAUUCUUUAUCAUUAGCUGGCGAUGAUGUUCUUAACCGAAUAACUUCAAGCUCUGUUGGCUCUAGUGUAUUAGGAACUUUAACGUCUAGCAAUUCUACUGACGGUCCACUGGAAGAUAUUCAUAAACAAGUUGCCAAAGUUAUUGACAAGUUACACAAUUUGUCGACUAUCGAAGAAAUGAGUGAAGUCGUUUAUGAAUUUUAUACUUCGAUGGCUGAUCGUUUUGCAUCAAAUGCAAUAUAUGAGGAAGUUGUCCAAGAAUCUAUUGACCAAUUAGUUGAUUAUACUGAAACUAGGCUACUCAGUACACUGUACAAUCCAAUUUUUACCCGAAUUUUGACUGAAGAUGAGGAAAAAGAUCUUAAAAUGCAAAAGCGAAUCAAAAGUCUCAAUUGGAUUAUGACGGAACACCUUGAAUUGGAGCUUGAUUUAAGGAAUCCAGAGAUACGAGAUUUAUUAGAUAAAGCAAUAUCUGAUAUAAUUGAAAUGGGAUCAAAACAAAUUCCUUUAGAAAAAUUAGAAUGUAUUGUUAACUGCUCCAAAGCUAUAUUUGAAUUAUUACAAGUUGCGCGAAAUGGCCCUGUCUCUGCUGAUCAAUUUCUUCCGGCUUUAGUAUUUGUUGUUAUUAAAGCUAAUCCGCCAUUACUCCAUUCCAAUAUUAAGUUCAUUAAUCGCUUCUCGAAUCCAAGGCGCCUGAUGUCGGGAGAGGCUGGUUAUUAUUUCACCAACCUCUGUUGUGCUGUUGCUUUUAUUGAGAAACUCAAUGGUGAAUCUCUUAACCUUCCCGAAGAAGAUUUUCAAAUUUACUUGAAUGGUGAAGCUCUUCCUCCUGGUUAUAUUCAACAAUCAGCUUAUCUUAGUGAACCAUUGAGAAUUAUGUAUAGUAAUGCUGUUCUUCUUAAAUCAUUGACGGAAAAACAUACCACCUUUGAAACAGAAGUUCGUGAAUUGAAAGAGAAGAUGAAAUCUUUUCGAGAUUCAAUGAUGUCCAAAAUUGAUUCUGUAUCGAAAAUGCCUCAAAUUACUGUGUCUCAAGAGCUUAGGAGAAAAGUGUUUGGAUCAAGAGUAACAUUAAGUCCUCUCUAUGAUGAUUUAACUCAACCAAACAAAGAAGGUAUUCUGGUUCAAAUUGAAGAUUUUCCUCCAUCAUCAAAUUCAUCUACAAAAUUAACAGCACCAUCACCACCACCACCACCUUCAUCGUCUUCACUAUCAAACACAAAACCAGCUGUAAAUACAACGAAUGAGGAUUCAGUUUCCUCAAACAGUGAUUUACUCAACAAUCCAUUAAUGUCUGGUCAAUUUGAUGCUGACUCAGACCAAGUUAAUCUUCCAGAGCCUUUGUUACCUGAAAUUAUACAAAAAUGAUUCUAUCUGACUAAAAACUUCUUGUUAUCAAUUUCCUAGAAAUCAUCAUUGUGGUUAAAUCCAAGAAAAUUUUAACUCAUGUCCAUAUGGAUUUUUUUUCUGUAUGAUUUAUUAAGUUCCUUUUCAUGUCAAUAUUUUUUUUUCUUCCAAUGUUUUACUCUAGAAACAUCUAGUCUCGUCAGUAAUUAUGUAAUUAUUCAUUGAGGAAGUUUUCAGAAUAUUCAGAUUAUCAUUAAUUUUCAAAAUUUUGAGAGCCGAAUCAACAGUUUCAUGCUUAAGUUGCUCAGCAUUGAAUUGUUUGUGGUUAAAUUUAACUGUAAAUUGUGUAUUGUUGUAAACAGACAAUUUCUGUCAGCUAAUCUAUUUUCCUUCGGUUUUCUUUCUUCUCCUGGUUUUUAAUUGUUUUCCAUCUCUUUUAAAGCAUUUUACUCAACAUUUAAAUGCACAAAUUUGAAAAUAAAGCAUUUACGAGAUUUUAUUCUAAUCCA